AUGGAUUGGUCUCGAGCUUUGAUAAUUAUUGAACGUUUUGAGCGUAUGACUAGAAUGAAUCUUCGUGAACUACGAUUACUUUUUAUGAGCAUUGAUGAGAACGACUCAUUAUUGGAUUCUAAAAGCAGGAAAGAUGCUUCACAAAAAAUUGAUCAAUUAUUGGGUGAUCUGCAACAAGUGUUAAAUGUUCGAUCACAUCUAAAUGUAAUUGAUCAAGAGCGUUUCGACGUUCACAUUGAGCCAAUUCGAAUUCAAAUUCAGGAAGUUAUCAAUGCACUGAAUAGGAUUGCUGCUAAUGAAACAUUAGAAAAAAAGAAUAUUUAUGAUGAUUUGUACGAGGAAUCUUUGUUGGCAGAAGAAACAGAGGAAGACAAAUUGCAACAACAAGAGCAAAUAAGGAUAAAUUCAUUGCUUUUGCAAGCAAAAGAAGCUAAAACAAAAGCUGCAGAAGUGAAAAAGUUGGCCUGUGAUAUCGAUGAUUUGAAUGAAAUGAUGAUGCAACUUUCACAGCUUGUUCAUGCACAACAUGAUGUUGUUGAUAGUAUUGAGGAACACAUCGAAAGAGCUCAAACAGAUGUUCAUGAAGCUCAUAAAAAUUUAAAAAAAGCUGAAGUCGCAAAAACAGCCAAAUAUCCGAUAGUAGCAGCAACUGUUGGUAGUGUUGCAGUAGGUGGUCCUGUCGGAUUCAUUGCAGGUUCUACUGUAGCCGGUAUUUUUGCCGCUUUUGGAGGCGCUAUUGCUGGCGUAUGUAGCGGAAAAUACUUUCGGCAGAAAGUUCAGGAAACGACAAAUCGAAUAGACGAAAAUCGAUGA